GUCAAAGCAUGACUCUGCUAUCAAACACUCCAUGGCGAAACGCGCUCCUCUUUUUGGUCUCACAAGAUUCUUCUUCUACUCUUACUCAUCCCAGAUUUCUCUUCACAAAAUGCUCCAAGUUUCUUCGAUAUAUACACACACAGCAAACAAUACGGCACCCACGAAUAGAAUGACCUUCUCGCACAUUUUCCAAGAAUGCGCCAAUCAACGAGCAUACAACCCGGGGAAACAAGCCCAUGCUCGCAUGAUCGUUACUGGGUUUGCUCCAACGAUUUUUGUUACUAAUUGUUUGCUCCAAAUGUACGUCAAAUGUGUCGAUUUAGGAUAUGCGUAUAAGUUGUUUGAUCAAAUGCUUGAAAGAGAUGUGGUUUCAUGGAAUUCGAUGAUUUUUGCCCAUGCAGCAUGUGGAGACAUGGGAACUGCGAGGAUGUUUUUCGAAGAGAUGCCCGAGAGAGAUGUUGUGUCUUGGAAUUCUUUGGUCUCUGGGUAUAAUCGGAAUGGUGAGUGCUUGAAGUCCAUUGAGGUUUUCGUGGAGAUGGGCAGACGGUGUUUGGCGUUUGAUCAUAAGACUUUUGCUGUCGUUUUGAAAGCUUGUUCUGCAUUGGAGCAGUAUGAAGUGGGAAUUCAAGUUCAUGGACUUGCAGUUCGAAUGGGAUUUGAUUGUGAUGUGGUUACAGGGAGUGCUUUAGUAGAUAUGUAUGCAAAAUGCAAGAGAUUAUGUGAAUCAGUUUGGCUAUUCCGUGAGAUUCCAGAGAAGAACUGGGUGUCUUGGAGUGCUAUAAUAGCAGGUUGCGUUCAAAAUGAUCAGUUUGUUGAGGGUCUGGAACUCUUCAAGGAGAUGCAACUAGCAGAAACUGGAGUGAGUCAAUCUACUUUUGCAAGUGUUUUCAGAUCAUGUGCUGCUUUAUCUGUAUUAAGAUUAGGCACUCAGUUGCAUGCUCAUGCCUUGAAGAAUGAUUUCGGAUCAGAUGUCAUUGUGGGAACCGCCACUUUGGAUAUGUAUGCAAAAUGUGAUAGUAUGUUAGAUGCGCGAGAGUUAUUUAACUCAUUACCAAGUCAUAAUCUGCAAUCUUUUAAUGCCAUGAUUAUUGGGUAUGCUCGAAAUGAUCAGGGCCUUGAAGCUUUGCUCUUGUUUCAGCUUUUGGUGAGAUCUGUUCUUGGUUUUGAUGAAGUAAGUUUGUCUGGAGCAUUCAGUGCUUGUGCAUUGAUAAAAGGACUUUUCGAGGGGCUUCAAGUACAUGGGCUUACAGUGAAGAGUAACUUUAGGUCAAGUGUUUGUGUAGCAAAUGCCAUGAUGGACAUGUAUGGAAAAUGUGGAGCUCUAGCUGAAGCUUCUUGUGUGUUUGAUGAAAUGAAUACACGGGAUGUUGUAUCUUGGAAUGCUAUUAUUGCAGCUCAUGAGCAGAAUGGAAAUGAUGGGUAUUCUCUUUCCUUUUUAGUGUCAAUGCUC